AUGUCAGAAGAAUUAGAGAAUAAGUUUUUAGAGUUAUGUGCAAAAUACCCAGCUGGUUUAAACCAGCAAAUGAUGGAAAUGGGAUUAGGACAUAAGAUGGAGGAUGUUGCAAAAGUUAUAAAUAAUUUAUUAAAGCAAGGUAGACUUCUUAUUCACCAAAAUCCCGAUGAAACUACAUCUUAUAGAGAAGUUAAUCCAGAGGAUCAAAUGAAAUUUAGAGGAUUAGGAGCGGAAGAUUUUUUAAUAUAUCAAUUAAUUGAAACAUCAGGUAACAAUGGUGCAUGGACAAGAGAGUUAAAGCAACAAUCGGGAUAUCAACAAGUACAAAUUACAAAAAUAUUAAAGAUUUUAGAGAAUCGUAAGUUAAUUAAAGCGGUUAAAUCAAUUCAGUCAGGCAGAAAAAAGGUAUAUAUGUUAUAUAAUAUGGAACCCUCAAGAGAUGUUACAGGUGGUACAUUAUAUGGUGGGGAUCAAUCAUACGAUCAUCAAUAUAUUCAAAUUAUGAAAAUGCAUAUCAAAACAUUCGUUGAAAAUAAAGGUGCUGUAGAUUUAAGCGAUAUUAUGACAUAUUUAAGAAAGGUAGCAGAAGAAGCCACAAGUCAAUCAUUGGGACCAGAGGAUAUUCAAGCAUUAGUAAACACAGUCAUCUAUGAUGGUGAUAUUGAAGAGAUGAGAGAUACCAGAAUGGGAGCAUUAAUGGGAAGAAGAUCCGGUAUCCUUUAUAAACCAACCAAAACAUCAAUACCUGUAAAUAAUUUUUGUAAUAUGCCAUGUGGUAAUUGUCCAGUAUUUGAAAUUUGUAGCGACGAUGGUAUUAUUUCCCCAAAAAAAUGUGUAUAUUUUCAACAAUUUCUUGACCAAACCGAUGAUUUAGAUUUUUGA